UUUUUUCUUGGGAUCAAGUCAAUCUUUUUAUUAUCCUGUGUGGAAAAUCAUAUCUCUAGAAAAAGAAAAAUUGCGUGCUUUAAAAAGAAAAAAAAAACGAAAACAGAAAAACAGAGAAAUGUCUGAUACUAAACCUACAAGUUUCAACCCUCUAGAACAAUUCGUUUUGUUAGCGAAAUCAGCCAAAGGAGCCGCAGCUGUCGAAUUAAUAAAACAGGCUUUAGAAUCUCCUGGUGUCUAUGUUUUUGGCGAACUACUUGAUAUGCCCAACAUUAGCGAGCUUGAGAUUGGCCAGUUCCAGCCAUACUACAAUUUGCUUAAGCUUUUUGCCUUCGGAACAUACCAGGAGUAUCUUAAAAACAUUAAAUCAUUGCCCGAGCUGACUGCAUUUCAACAGCAAAAGCUGAGACAUCUGACUAUUGUCACAUUGUCUGAAACUAACAAAUGUAUACCAUAUGACAUGUUGGUCCAAGAACUUGAGAUGAAAAAUCUCAGAGAGCUUGAAGAUCUCGUGAUAGAAGCUAUAUAUGGAGAUGUAAUACGUGGCAAAUUAGAUCAACGCAACGGUCGCCUAGAAAUUGACUUCGCAAUUGGCCGAGAUGCUCAAGUUAAUGACAUAGGCCGGAUCAUCCGAACCUUAAACGACUGGUGCGAAGCAUGUGAUGCGAUUCUUGGAGCGGUAGAAACACAGGUCAUGAACGCGAACUGUGAAAAGGAAAGGCACAUAAAACAUCGGGCCACUAUCGACGAAGAAGUUCUGAACAUUAAAAAGACUUUAAAAUCUCAGAUUCAGGAAACGGAUGACAUAUCUCUUGCUAAUGAAACCCGUAAUGAAACGUUGGGAGACAAGGGCAAAAAAUUGGUUAAAGGAAAAGGCUUAAAAACAAACGCCCCCAAUAAAUUUUGGAAUAAAUCUUGAAACAGUGAAAAACUUAAAACAUUUGUAAAUACUUUUCUACUACCAUUUACUCUUUUGCUCCACAAAAUAUUGGUGCUGCUGUUAAAGAGUAUCAUAACAAAAUAAAUUCAUUAAACAUA